AUGAAGACAUUUUUCACAAUAUACAGUAUAUCAGUUGGUUAUCAAAUUAUUUUUGUUGCUAUAUUAGGUAUUCUAUUUUGUCUUAUUGGUGUAGGAGAUAUAAUUUUAUUCAUAAUUGAGUUAUUUCAUGGUCGAUCAAGUGUUACUCAUUAUGAUGAAAGUCAUAGUGGAUUGAAAGUUGAAAAUUCACUAUGGCCAUCAUCAGAUCACGGUAAAGACUUUUGGGUUGGUCUUAUACUAGUAGCGACAGAACUUGUUGCUACUGGAGGAUUUGAUACUAUUUUAGAUGCAAUAUCCACUCUUGUUGGCUGUUGUGCUAACCAACGUGAUAAACAUCAAUAUAGUGAUGAACCUGAUAGAAUUGCAGUAUUACCAUUAAGAGGAUAUAGACUUGGUAUAGCAAAUAUCAGACCUAUAGAAGUUUUCUAG